GCUUCAAAAUGAAUUAGAAGGCCUCAAUGUUUUAGAAAAAAUAAUUUCUGCUAUAUCAAAUCUGGAUAUAACCAAAUUAUCUAAUAAAAUUCAAAAAGAGUAUAGAGAACAACAUGAAAAUAAAGAGCUUUAUUAUUCAGAUCAUUUCUUAUUAGAAUCAGUUAAAGAAAGGCUAGAUUUGUAUAAUAUAUCUAAUAGAUCUGAUAAACAGGCCCUAGCUAAUAUAAUAAUUAUGCUCUGUAUUCAUCUUGCUAAAAUUAAAAACUUGUAUAUAUCUAAUGAUGGUAUAACUGAAUAUGCAAAAAAUCAGGAUCAACAAGAUAUCUCUCAAGUAUUUAGAUCACUUGAAAAGAAUAAGAAGUGA